ACGGACUGUGGACUACAUUUAACAUUCAGACAGACAAAAUGUAUUAAAGAAGUUAAGUUUUAGUUGUAUACUUUACUUAAGGCGCUACACACACAAUAGCAGCACUGCUAAUGGACAUUCAUUCAAGGGACGAAACUACACGCUGGAUUGAUCAGGGGACACAACUAUCUACAGCUGCCCAUGCACAACUCUAAAAUUGCGUUGCUUCACCAAUUACUUCUAAAGAGUUGUGCCGCACGUUUAACCACGCAUCAAGUCCAGCCAUGUCCGUCAACAUCCCGUGUCUGGUUGCUGUCAUCAUCCUCUACAUCCUCAUCCUCAUCAUCGGCAUCAUCGCUGCCAGGAAGACAAACAAAGCCAAGGACACGGAGGAAGUGAUGAUAGCCAAUCGCAGCAUGGGGCUCUGGUUGUCUUUGUUCACUCUCACAGCAACGAUCGUAUGUGGAGGUUACAUCAACGGAACAGCCGAAUACACAGCCUUUUAUGGGCUCUUACAGACCCAAGCACCAUUGGGCUUUAGUAUCAGCACAUUCUUAAGUGGGUUGGUUUUGGCACCAAAAAUGAGGAGACAGAAAUACAUCACAAUGUUUGACCCGUUCCAGUUGAAAUACGGCAGGAAGAUGGGGGCGCUGUUGAUCAUACCUCACAUGAUGGGGGAUCUGUUUUGGUCGGCGGCUGUAUUAGCUGCUUUAGGAGGUACAAUAUCGAUUAUUGUGGAUAUCGAUCCUACAAUCUCAAUCAUCGUGUCCUCGUUGAUCGCUAUAGUCUACACGUUCCUCGGUGGUCUGUACGCUGUGGCAUACACUGACGUCAUACAGAUGGUGCUCAUCGUCAUAGGUCUGGUGAUCGCAUGUCCUUUCGCCAUGACGAGUGAGUUUGUUCACCUGGAGAAUAUAACGUCUACUUGGCUGGGGGAGGUGGGGGCGGGGACAGAGCUGGCCUAUAUGGAUAUAAGCUUGUUGUGUAUAUUUGGAGGCACUACAUGGCAGGCUUUCUACCAGAGAGUUCUGGCAUGUAAAGAUCCCAAGGUCGCCACGUAUUCCUCUCUUGGCGCCUCAGUGAUUGGAUUCCUCAUGGCCAUCCCACCUGCACUGAUGGGAUUUGCUGGGGCAGCUGCAGACUGGAACCUAACGUCAUACGACGGCCCGAUACCAAUACCAGACGACAGGAAAAGUUACAUCCUGCCCAUGACCUUGAACUACUUGGUGCCACUUCCGGUUUCAAUUAUCGGAAUGAGUGCCAUCUGUGCGGCCGUGAUGUCAUCGGCCGACUCGUGUUUCCUGUCUGCAGCGACGGUGUUCACUAGAAACAUUUACCAGGAAAUUAUCCGGACAAAGGUGACAGAUAAAGAACUGCUGUGGGUACUUCGUGUUUGUGUCGUCAUCUUUGGUGUGUUGGGGACAAUGAUUGCCAUUUUUGCUACAACCAUCUACGGGCUUUUUGUUCUGUGCGGUGACCUGAUGUACGUGGGGCUAUUCCCACAACUAGUGUGUGUCUUGUGGGUGCCGUGGGCCAACACCUAUGGCAGCUUUGCCGGGUUUCUCGUCUCAUUCCUACUGCGGAUCUUGUCUGGUGACGCUGUGCUACAAAUUCCAGCGGCGAUUAAGUUCCCUUUGUAUGACUACAGCACUGACUCGCAAUUAUUUCCCUUUAGAACCUUCUCCAUGCUGUCUGGAACAUUUUGCCUGUUGACCGUGUCCGGCCUGACCCACCUGAUGUUCACCAGAGGUCUACUGGACCUGAAGUAUGACGUCUUCAACUGCCACAAGAAACGAUCACACAAAAGACACGAUAUGAUUGACAGGGAAAAACCCGAGCUAUUUAAAAAAGAGCUGCUCAGUUAUGUUCCAACUUGAGGCUCUGUUAGGGUUGAACACAAGUUGGUUAUUUCUGUUAGAAUUUGAGCUAGUUUCUGUUUAAAAAAAUGAUUGCUCAGUGUUACUGAAAGUUAAGGUUUUGUUUGGGUUAAGAAUGAAAUGCUCAAUGCAACGCGUAGAAGAGUUUUUGAAUAGAAUUAAUAUUUCUGUACUCGAAUGUUUUUCUUCUAAUUUUUAAAUUGAUG